GUCAGAGUGUCGUCGCCAUUACAGCGACGAAGAUCGCGGUUGAGGUGGGUCGGAUUAAAAUCUUGGUUUACCGCGCCAGGGAGACGACUUCUCCCUGGAAGGAGAAUUAGUUGGAGAGUUUUGGAAGCCGCUCUAGCUCAGCUGGAUCGUAAGAAAGUUCCCGGAAGGAAAUUUUCUCACUUUGAAAUUGUCGAAGAUGGCUUACUGAAAAGAUGAAGGGUCUGCAGGAAGAUAUCGUUUCUCCAUACGGAGGACACUUCGUCUCUAACUGCUUUAACGACUUCGGCGGACACGGCCGAGGAAAUUAUGGACAAAAAGGUCAAAUUUCAGCAGACCUCUGCUAAGGGGGCCACUGCUGACGCCAAAAAAAAUCAAGAUGUUGCUAGUACUAAACUCCUGCCGAGGACCUCACGUAAACGAGAACCAGCUAGUACCAAUAAUGUUCCCAAGUAUGAACAAUCGAGAAAGUCCGGCGUACAGAAAGCAAAAAGUAUUGAUAAGAGACCGAAACCUAAAGGACAGUAUCAUGGCCGUUCAACGGAGGAUACCAAGGUAGUGGAAAAUGCAUCCGCUGAGCACGGCUCAGUUGUGGCUCAAGGAAGUAAGAAGCAGAAUUUGAAUCAUCUGCUGAAUUUUCAUUAUGCACCACGCGAUGGUCGAGGAGGUUCAGGAACGUGGAACUCGAAUUAUUCGAAAAUGGUCGCAGGCUACAGUCGCAAUAGUAAUCGUUGGCUUCCACCUGUCCAACGUCAUAAGUACAAUAAAGAACAAUUCCUGCAGGCUAAUUGCCAGUUCGUCGUGACUGCAAAAGGGGAUUACACCGCUUAUCUCGCCGAUCCUGACAUUUUAGUCGAUUGGAGUCUGAUAGAACAGAUUAGAGUUCAUACCACCGAGAAUCUAUCUUGUCCCAUCUGUCUAUAUUCUCCAAUUGCUGCAAAGAUGACACGCUGUGGUCAUGUAUUCUGCUGGCCAUGCAUUCUUCAUUAUCUGGCUCUUUCUGACAAAUCGUGGCGCAAGUGUCCCAUCUGCUACGAGUCCAUCCACAAGGCAGAUCUGAAAAGCGUGGUCGAGGUGACUUCAAAAGUGCAUAACAUCGGAGAUGUUGUGAAUCUGAGGUUGAUGCGCCGGGAGCGUGACUCUCUGCUUCCUGUGCCUGUUGACGAAUUGGAUGCUUGUACACCGAAUACGGUCGUUCCAUUUUCCAGAAACAUACACAGCCAGAUUUACUCCAAACUCCUACUGGGGGCUAGUGGAGAUAUAAUGGACAUCAUCGAGUGCGAACGCGCACAAUUGAGUGUUGAAUUAAUGGAGAACCCACAGUCACCGGAAAACUGUUUCAUCGAGCAAGCCCUCGGCGAACUAAUGUCAAGAGAAAAACAACUGUUUCAACAGGAAGAAGAUAAACUACCCACUUCCGAUCAAGUUUCCCAGCCCGAUGAUACUCCUGAUCUCAAAGUCCAGGAAGAAGUAUCGAAGGACACCGACGAACAUAAAGAAUCAACUAUUGAAGAGAAUUCUGGCUUCGAGAAAGAGGAAGAAGAGAAAAUUGAGAACAGCAAAGAUCUACCAAACUACCACUUGGAGGCUGACGUUGAAAAAGAUAUGGAUAAUGGCAUCGACAACUCUUCGGACUGCUCUGCUUCUAACAAAUAUUUCUACUUUUACCAAGUCGAGGAUGGCCAACAUAUUUACCUUCAUGCAAUGAACAUUCGGAUGUUGGAAGUGCAAUACGGUAGCUUGGAAAACUGCCCUCGCACGAUCACCGGUAAACUCCUGGAAAAGGAAGUGGGAAGCUUCUCGGAAGACUUAAGGCGUCGCCUUAGAUACUUGCGUCACUUGCCGGUAACUUGUCAAUUCGAGAUCGCCGAGAUCGAGAUAACACCGCCCACCAUAUCCGAGGAAGUGCUCGACUACUUUCGCGACCAACUGGAGACGCGCCAGAGGAGACGUCAGCGGAGAGAACGCGAGGAGAGGAAGAGGGAGAAGAAGAUACGGGAAGAGGAGAACAAGCAGAUGGGGAAGUACCCCUCGCCCCGAGUGUACAUCGAAUCGGACCAACAUUUCCCGCAAUGGCAACCGGAACAGCAAUCGGCCGAAAUUAAUAUACCCUCUCCUUCGGAGUCCGUGGCGAAUUCGAGCGUUGCCAGCAGUCCCUCUCUGAGUGCAUUCGAAGAGGCGGAACCUGCGCUGGGGCUUUCCCAAAACUGCGCGGUUUCCUCGUCGAACGACCUGGGCCCUUCUUUCGCACAAAUGCUGCGCAAUCCUGGCAACGCGUCCAGCGGAUCGACCCGACCUUCCGCCAGGAACAUGAAGUCCUUACAGCCCAGUCAUAUGCGGAUAGAGAAUGAACCUACUACGGGGAACGAAGACAAUGAAGCGGAGGAGUACGUCGCGGCUCCCUCUUACAGGCAGAGCUUCAACGAUGCGUUGACCCAGGCCUUGGAGCAGUCCCUGAUACUCGACACAGGUGCGAAAGGGGAAACCAAGGGCGGCGGGAAGAAGAAGAAGAGGGCCAAGGAGACGGUUCUGUUCGCAACGAGCAUGGCUCGCGCUUCUUAGACGUAGAUGAUCGUUAAUGGUGCGCUUUACGAUGUUUUGGUUUCUUGAUUCGUUUCGCAUAUUUUAGGCCACCCCCCCGCGGAAACUGGAGAUGAGUGGAAACUCUUCCUGGGAGUUUUAACCGGCUUUCCAAAAUAAAGGACAGCGUUGUCGUACUGGGGAUUUAUUGAUUGUGCCGCUGACGAGUUUGAGUAUGCCGUGCCUGGAAAUAAAGUCUCCGUUUUAAGCA